AUGAUUGUAAAUGUAUUGUUCGCUUUGCUGUCCUGGUUUUUUUUUUGCAAUAUUUCAGACUUCUAAAUACUAGGCGCCAUUUAAUGUCACAAUCAUCAUCACUCUCCUUAUGAACCUCCAAAAUUUGCUGAGCAAAAUUUCACCAUUGCAAAUGUAAAAUAUGCUAUUAGGAAUGUUGCAGGACUUUGUGGCAUCGUAUUUCCAUGGACCUACUGGCAAAGUCCAUGGUAUUUCAACGAGUAUACAAUCGUCAGCGUACCGCUUGAUCAAUCGCUUCCCGCCGCCACCGAGUUGUCAACAAUUAAGUAAAUAUUUCGUUUUGCAGCCAACAUGGAGGAAUCUGUGCCUGUCGUCGACUUUUCAGCUUACAGUCUGGAUCGUGAGAGUCCAGAUCCCGAACAUUUUCAGAAACUGAUUGACGAUGUCCACCAAGCUCUCACCACCAUAGGUUUCAUGUACUUGAAAAAUUUCGGAAUCCCAGCUGAAAUGAUAAGCGAUGCAUUUACCACUUCAAAGAGGUUCUUUCAAUUACCCUUAAAUGAGAAGAUGAAGUGCGCUGGACCAGAAGGAAGUUUCUAUGGUUACCACCAUAUGGAAAAAGAAGGGUUGAAUCCGCGAAGAGCAUCCAAUGAUCUGAAGGAGGUUUUUGGUUGUAUUCCUAUCGAAGGCACGUCAACGGUCUUUCCGGAAGAAGAGUUGCCAGAAUUUCGAAAAUGUCUCACAGACCUCUUUCACUCAGCUAUCCUUCUUGAAUACAGAGUGCUCGAAAUUAUUGCCCGAGGGCUCAAACUCGAUGAUCCAUUUUAUUUUACGGACAGACACAAGCUGACUGGAACCAAUGGAAACAUGACGUCAAUUCGUUCCCUUUAUUACCCAUCCUUGGUCAACGUUGAUAUAAAAGAGGACCAAGUGCGGUGUGGGGAGCACUGCGACUAUGGCGGGAUAACACUACUUUUUCAGGACACACAACCUGGGCUUGAGGUGAAGAAUGUCCAUGGAAAAUGGAUCCCAGCAUCGCCAAUAGAGGGCACUUUGAUGGUCAACGUUGGGGAACUCAUGCAGCGGUGGACUUCAGACAAAGUUGUUGCUACCGAGCAUAGAGUAUUGGUUCCUUCAGAUCAGAUCGAGCACGAGAGGCAGUCUAUUGCCAUCUUCGGGAAUCCCGACAAUGAGGUCUCCAUCGAGUGCAUCGAUGGGUCAAACAAGUACCCGCCCACGACAAUAAUCGACAUGCUGAAUAUGAAAUUUGAACAGACCUUUGGCUAUAACCCGGCGAAAGAGGACCCCGGGAGUUCCUGAAAAACUUCAGUGAUAUCAAUAGACCAGUUCGUAGUUACAUCAGGGACAAUUUUGGUCAAAUAACCUUUCAUUUAUUCCAUUAUGAUAGGCAGAUUUCAAAGCAGGAUAUAACAUGUGCAUUCCUUACAUAGCAGGAUGAAUAAAUUGAAUUAUACCAGGUGACUAGAAUAGCACACCAUUGAAGACUCCAUGAAGGUAUUUGUUGCAUUCCUACUUCGAAUGCAUAUUAUAGCAUGUUGUACAAUGUACUUGGCAAACUGCAGUGAAAUACCAGUCGUGGACGCAUUUUUGUUCUUUGUGGAUGCAAAUGAAAACCACUAUUCAAAAGAAUAUAUGAAUAAUCAAGACUUCAAAGUUGGUGCUUAUCUCAUUAAAUUUUAAACCACCAUGCCACUUUAGUACAAAUGACCUUUCUCUGAUCAUGCGCAGAAUCUUCUGAUCAUGCGCAGAAUGGAACUACGGACUGGCUUAUUCUCUGGGGACCAUUGUCAUGAUUGCAGACGAUUGGUUCAUUGUAACUGAACUCCAACGCAGCAAAACUGCGGUGUUAACCGGGUGUACAUGAUAUUAUUAAAGGACAAGUCCACCCCAACAAAAUUUUGAUUUGAAUAAAAAGUGAAAAGUCCAACAAGCAUAACACUGAAAAUUUCAUCAAAAUCGGAUGUAAAAUAUGAAAGUUAUGAUAUUUUAAAGUUUCGCUUAAUUUCACAAAACAGUUUUAUGCACAUCCCGGUCGGCAUGCAAAUGAGGGAACUGAUGACAUCACUCACUCACUAUUUAUUUUGUAUUUCAUUAUAUGAAAUAUGAAAUAUUAUUAUUUCUCCUCAUUGUCCUUGUGAAACAAAGUUUUAUUUCUCCCUGAACAUGUUGAAUUACCAUUGCUUAACAUUUUUUAUGGUUCAGUUAAGUUAGUCCUUAUGGUCAAAUCUGCAAAAAUUGAAAUAAUGUAUAAUUCGAACAAUAAAAAAAAAUUGUGAGUGAGGGGCAUCAUCGAUUCUCUCGUUUGCAUGUGACUAAAUAAUUGUGCAUAUAAACUAUUUUGUGAAAAAUAAGCGAAACUUUGAAAUGUCAUAACUUUCUUAUUUUACAUCCGAUUUUGAUGAAACUUUCAUCAUGAUGCUUGUCUGAUUUUUCUCUAUUGAUUCAAAUCAACAGUUUUACGAGGUGGACUUGACAUUGGACUACGCCACUUUACUCCGGUGUUAUUUCCUGUGUUAGUUCAACGGUUCCAUGAUAUUUGUUCCGGGGCCAAUUAUUGCUUCAAUGGAAACUCUGCACCUUAAGCAAAACAUAAAACAUACUCUUUAGUUAAAAAAAACUAAAUAAAUUAACCUUAGUCAUUUUAUUUACAUUAUUCUGAACCAAAAACUUUAUUACAAUCCUAACGCUGUAUCUAUGCCCUCUUAAAUAUUAAGGCCGGAGAAAAUGACGCAGGAGCAAACAAUGACGUAACUUGGGGGGGGGGGGGCAAGUGCCCCCCCCCCCCUCUAUCGGCUGUGGCAAAAAAGAAUCAGGGGAAAAGGAAUAAAAAGAGGGAGAAAUAAAAGAAAUUAUUGUAUAUUAUGUUAUGUUAUAGUAUAUAUGUAUGGAUGUUUUAUUUAUUUAAAUACGGGAUAAAAAAAAACCUGCUUUCAGCCGCAAAUGUGACCAAGGUAUUAUCAACAACGAUACCCAAACAAUUGCAGUUUUCUACUCUUUUCAGAACUUGGUCAUUAAUCCGAACAUUAUUGGCAAAUAAAUUGGUCUUAUGCUUCGAGCCUAUAAUGACCAGUUUACACUUUUUAACAUUCAACAAAAGCUCAUUGUGUAUUAACCAGUAUAUAGAGGCCAGGUCUUCGUUUACUAUAUAUUGCAUUCGAGUAGGACCUCUAGAUGAUACAUAUAUCGUCUGCAUAAAGUGAUAUGUUACAAUAUUUUAUUACUUUAGGGAGAUCGUUCAUGUAAAGUAUGAAAAACAAAGGCCCAAGAAUACUCCCUUGAGCAAUUCCACAUUGUAUAGUUUCUUCAGUGGAUUCAUUUCCAUUUACGACGGUUUUCUGGGUUCUAAAAGUGUAAAUAGUUUUGAAUCCAUCGUAAACAAUUUUCAUCAAAUCCAUAACAUUUUAAUUUUUAAGCAAUAUCUCGUGGAUAAUCAUAUCAAAUUCCUUUUCCAGGUCUAAUGCAACAAGGGCAACUGACUCUCCUCUAUCUAGUGAUUUAGUAAUAUUUUCAGUAAGAUUUAAUAGAGCAAGGCUUGUUGAAAAGUUUGGACGGAAACCAAAUUGGUUUGGAAUAAGUAUGUCAUUUUCAUUUAGAUAUUUAUAUAUUUGUUUAAAGACUAUAUUUUCUAUAUGACCUUGGAGAGUACUGGUAAUAUAGAUAUUGGUCUGUAGUUAAAUGGAAUUGAAGCAUCACCACCCUUAAAUAAUGGAGUAAUUCUUGCCCUUUUCCAUUCGAGUGGAACAUACCCUUCUUUCAGUGAUGAAUUAAUGAUAUGUGCCAGUGUGUUAACAAUACAGGUAGACGAGUCUUUCAGUAUACUCGAAAGAAUUGUAUCGAGACCGGUCGCUUUGUUACGUGGUAUCUCUGAAAGACAUUUUCUGAUUUGUUCUUCAGUAAUCUGAGCAAAUCAAAAAAAAAAAAAAUAAACAAUACCUGGCUCCGUUUGCAGUCGUUUGUUGCUGCCCUCGACGUUAGUUGGUUUGUACUCAUUCUUCCAUGAAGUACUAAAUUUGUGAGUGAGCAAUAGAAUUAAAUAAAUGCAAUAGCAUGAACUUUUCAUUACAUGCGAUUU